UAACUACCACGAUGGAUUCGCCGCCGUUUGAACGGCUGCCUGACGGGUUGCUGUUAAAGAUCCUAAGCGAGGUUGGAGGCAGCAACGCCCUGGAAUUGCUGAGAAUGAGUGUGCUUUCGAAAAGAUUUUCAUCCCUCGUCCUCGAUGUGUCAGCCUUGGAGUUUCCCUACACAAUGUGGUCCUACGAUCCGGUCGACGAUGUGAGGGCUCAAUGGAUUGGCAAUGUGGUGCAGCGGUCAAAGAUCUUGGAGUCACUCUCUGUCACAAACUUCCCAAUCGAGAAAUUCUCUGGCGAUACGAGGCGACAUCUAUGGAUAAGUCUACUUCGCCCAUCUUUGAAAAACCUCUGUCUUGAAGGAUUUGGGGGCAAUGAGGGUGAGUUCUGGGAGAUUUUCUAUAGGUGCAGACAAUUGCUGAGUUUGGAGGUGGAUCACUACUACGAUGAAUCCCAGGAUCAUUGUCGCAUGUCAUUUCCCCUGGCAGUGCARGUCUCUUCUGUCUGUCUGAGACAUCUAACCUUGUCAUGCGUCAAGAUGUGCCUGUGCGAUCAUGCAGAAACCUACCUCGAAAUAUGCAGUCGCCUCCCCUCCCUUACUCACCUUUCUCUCAUAUCUGUUGAAGGUCCUUGCCCCAACUGCAGGUUGACCACAAACGGCACCAACCUAUGGUGCUUCUUGCUUUCUUUCAAAACUCUGCACAGUCUGCGUUUAGAGACCGGCAAUGGGCACAGCGUCUUUGCACGCGGAUGGGAGGUUGAGAAGCUCCAGCCGUGGUGGUUGCCACCCGUCGUGAAUGAUCCGCAAGGAGGACAAAAGGGCCAAAGAGAGGACCUUGUGGGAGGAAGUUCAAGUGAGAAAGGGAGCAACUCCCAUACACACCAAGGAACUCCGCUGUCACUAGAAACACUUAUUUUGGAUGAGUCAUGCCCUCUUAGGGCUGAGGGCAUGAAGAUGGCGGGCUUUUCGGACUUGUUCCUGAAUCUGACAACCCUUUCUGCUUGUCUUCCAAUACCUCCAUCUUUCCACAUUCUUGCCAAAGUACUUCACCGACUCCUUCAUGCAUGUCCUCGAUUGGUGACUCUACGUCUCCAGGUGCGGAGACCAUCUCAAAUACCAAAGUCUUUCGUUGAUUGGGUUGGUGUGAGAAGGUUUUUGGGAGGGGGAAGUGGUACUGCCAAGGAGGAGGAGGAGGGGGCAAAGGAGGAGUUGACGGAGGAAUUGGGGGAGCAAGAGAAGGAGGAACAGGAUGAGAUGUGGGAGAAGGGAGGAGCAGCAGAAGAUGCAAAAAGAGAAGAAGUACAAGGAGAGUUGAAGGAAAAAUUCAAUGAAGUCCUGCAGGCAAUGUCUUUGGAUGUUAAGCGUGAUCGAGGAAGACUUCGAUCAUUGCCUAAUAUCGGGACAGAAUCACACCCCCUUCAUCUUCAUUGUCUGAUGGUAAAAGUAGAUAAGGACAUUGAAUUUGAGCAAGAAGAGCUAGAUGCCUUUAUCAAAGUUGUUCCUUCCCUGCACUCUCUGAAAAUCGAGAGCGGGAAGAGACACUUCACAUCCAUUUCCUGCCCCUUACUGCAGUGCCUUGCAGUUAACGAUUGGCAAGGAGAUGUCUUUUUCCCUGUAACGAUUAUGUGUCCCAAUUUAACUAACCUUUUCCUACACACCUCUGUGCCGGGUGCAUUCAUGAUUCCAGUCUUGCAGGUACACUGCCCUAAGUUGAAGGUACUUCACUUCUUGCCUGGUGGGUGUCUCACUCUCACUGUGCCGUCUGGAGACGUUUCUCUGUGUCGUUACCACGCGGGGUGCUCUUGGACAUACUAUAAUUUGUUCGCUUCAGUACCAUUAGACAAUAUUGUGUCGCUUCGCCUACGGGAUUGUAUAGUUUUUGAGGGGGCCCUCUGCCAAAUUCUGGCACACCACUUGCACAGUCUAGAAGUGUUAUGUUUGGAUAUCGAAGAGAUUUACCCUACCAACUCACCGCUCUCUAUGGAAGAGGUACAUCUUAUCCGAGAACGGCAAGAAGGAAAGGAAUGGGGCAGCGAUCAAGAUGGACCCUCAACCAACAGAUACAAAAUCAGGGCAUGUGUUUCUGACUACUGUUUCUACAACACCAAUCACAUUGCAACCGAGCAUAAGCCUCCUGCUCCUGCUGCUCCUCCUCUCUCUUCGACUGUGUCAUCCUUCUCCUCGGCCUCCUUCGCGUCAGAGUCUGAGGCCAUCAUCACCGAUCCCAUGUCCAGUAGGAGUAUUACAGCUCCCCAUACCGCUUCUUCAGCUCCUGCCACCACCAUCACCAAAAAUUUGGAGGACCGGUCUGCACGCUUUGCGAAGCCUUUGGGGCUUCAAAAACUGAAGUCACUCACGCUACGCUCCGGGCUCCUGCGUUUGCUUGCUAAACAUAUGGAGAGAGGCACGCCCACACCUACCUCAUAUCCCUCAAAGAUAGCAGAGUCUCACAUUGAGCGCGCAGUGAAUGAUGUAUGGACAAACAUCUUUUACAGUUGCCCUAAUUUGGACAGGAUCGAUUUCCAACUGCAUCCACACGAUAUGCACUGUAAAGGAUGUGAGACCGGAAACUGCAGUGAGGAGGAGCUGAGAAAGGAGGAAGAGGAGUGGGCUAGGGAAUUAGCUGCAGUUCUCAGUGCCUUUUUGAAAUCCAGCACCAAUUUGAGGAGAGUUGAGCUGGAGAUUUUUGAGAGUGGUGGCACUGUAGAUUACCACCGUAUGUUCAACGAGCUAAAGGCCAUUUUCCCUUUUGUCCACAUCCAAGUAUCAGUCAGCAUGACGACAGCCCAUGAUGAGGGUGGCAGCUCGUACUCUGACACACCCUCAUCGAGUGGAAGCGAGGAGUAAGAAGAAGCAAUACAGGAGGAGGGUAGCAGGCUCAUGUCUUCCUUUCUCACCAUAAUUUCACAUUCUCCUUUAGAGUUAGCCCUUGAUCUUUCAGAGAUUGGAUUGCGAUCCACUCAGGGAUGGAGGGAAAUUCUCGGUGGGUAUGUCGCGAGGAUUGGACUGGUCAUCACAGGCUGUAUUCAGUCCAUUGCCACUUACAUUC